AUGCAGCGCUUCUGCUGGCGCGAGCGCAGCGAGAAGCUCAACUGGCGGCUGCUGGGCGCACUGGACGUGGUGGACGUGGUGCGGCGCGGUGACCCGGCGCUGCUGGAGCCGUACGCGCUGCACGUGACGUUUGCGCGGCUGCCGAAUGCGCCGAAAGACCCGGCGACGCGCGACGCCUGGUUCCUGGUGCGCGUGCUGCAGCUGGCGAUGGAGUACCUGCUCUUCAUGCGGGCGCGGGACGGCGACGUGCUGGAGUCGCUGGGCCAGGAGCUGCGCCACGUCGAGACGGAGCGGGACGAGCUGCUGCUGCGCGCGCAGAAGCUCAAGGCCCGCGCGCGCAGCGGCGACAAGCAGGUGGACAAGCUGCACCAGGUGCUGCAGAACAUUGCCAAGCUGCUGCAGAUCCACGGGUAA